AUGGCCUGCCAGCUUCGGCAAAAUUCUUCCGUCUCAUCCGGGAUCGUGCUCCCUAGUUCUGUAGGAGGCGAUGUCACUGUGUGCCAGGCUUCAAAGAAGCUUAGGGUUGGCGAGUUGGGGAUGCGCAACAUCCGCUCCCACGGGAUUGUACGGUCUCACACCACUGAACGGCGCAUUCUGGCGAAGGAUUCCGGCAGAGCAUCCGCGGCGAAGCGUAUUUGUUUCUUUCUUCUCCUCAUGCUUUCGGCGUAUCCCUUCCGCGUCGUGCGGCUGGUUGGAGCAGGCGACGUUAUGGAAGAGGCAGUGCAGGUAAAGGAGGGAGCAGCACAAGGAGCCGAAUCAGGCCAAGCCAUGGAGGUUACAGGUGGGAGCGGCGCGCUGCCACACAUGGCGAAUGUGUUUCCGCACGCUCCUGACAACCCAGAAGAAGUCGGCCCUUACGUUCCCAUCGAAUUCAGGAACGAUCCGGAGCGUGUGAAGCUGAAGAGCCGACCGCUGGGCAUGCACAUCAGCAGCGACGAGCAGACGAACGUAUGGCUCAACUACUUUCACGAGAACACAGUUGACGGGCCGAAGCUCAGCUGCAUGGGCAACCCGUGCCCGCACCUCUUCAGGUGCCAUGACGGGUACCCUAACGUGUGGUCCUGUUGGACUAGCGAGCUCGUGGAUCAUGAGUUAUUUGUCACGCGCGCUCCUUUGAACUGCCCUAACCGGGCAGAAGGCUCUGAAGUGGCGGAAGAGGAAGGGGAGUUUGACGAGUCGUGCAGUCACAAGGCGGAUCAUGCGCUGCGCAUGCCGUGGGCUCUGCAGAACUUCCAGCUGGCGGAUGUGUACAUAACGCAUGAUGGGUUUCUCUUCAAUGCCACGCAUCAGUUCGUGCGUGGCGGGUGCCAUCAAAUCGGCAAGUACACCUUCUCCCCAGCAGCAGCGGUGCACGAGCUGCAUGGAGUAUGGAGCUGGGCGUACGUGGUGGGCGCCAAUUUCUACCAUGUGCUCGUGGAGACGCUGCCGUGCUUUGUGGUCUCUGCUCCCUUCCUCAGCAAGUUCCGCGGCUACCCCAUCAUCGCCACAGGCGAGCAGUGGAGGGCAUAUAACCGCAUGGGAGCAGCCAUCACGGGCAUUCCGCGUGCGAGCAUGAAAUCACUCGCCACAUUCCCAGGGGAGCUUUACCAUGCAGCGCGCGUGCACCAGCCCAUGUUCCAGCAGUGUGGCACGCCCAGCAGGGCUCUCUGGCACACCAUUCGCUCGCGCCAUUUCCUCCACCCCGACGGUCUGCCUCUCUUCAACCCCGACUGGACCUACCGCGAUCUGCCGCCCCUCACUGACGCACAGAUGGCUCUCCUGCCUGCUGAUUGGCUGGUCGUGCUCGCAAAGCGCCCGGGCAGGAAGCGAGCCAUCAUUAAUUUUGCUGAGCUGGAAUCGGCUGUCAGGAAGAUAUUUCCCGACCGGGUGAUGACAUUCAAUGGGUCCAUGGGGAUACUGGAAGCACGUGACCUGUUCCGCCGAGCGCGGCUGUACAUAGGCGGUCAUGGUGCAGCGCUGGCAAACAUGGUCUUCAUGCCGGCACAGGCAACGUCUUGGGAACUGCUGGAACGCAAAGACGGUAAAAUGGCCUCCUCUGCUGCCGCUGACUCUCAAGCUUCGCCGUCGCCCCCUCCCGGCAAUUGGUACGUGCACAAGUUUGGCGGAACGUGCGUGGGAACAUGGGAGCGCAUCCGUUCCGUCGCCGACAUCGUCACUUCCGACACUGGCCGGGGAGCCGUCCCGCGGCACCGCUUCGUGGUGGUUUCCGCCAUGGCAACGGUCACAAACGCGCUGUACGCGUCCGUGGCGGCGGCGGAGGCGGGGACCUGGGCGGAUGUGGAGCAGCAGCUGAGCGCGCUAAGAGAGAAGCACGAGGAGACGGCGACGCACCUGCUGGGACCAGACGGCGAGGAGCUUGAGACGUUCCUGAAGCAACUGAGGGAAGAUAUCAGCAACCUGGCGUCCAUGCUUAGGGCUAUCUCCAUAGUGCGGCACACCACCCAUGCGUUCUCCGACUUCGUGGUGGGUCACGGCGAGCUGUGGUCCGCGCGCCUGCUCUCCGCCACCAUCCGCAAGCAAUCGGGGGGGCCGUGCGCGUUCCUGGAUGCGCGCGACGUGCUGGUGGUGGAGGCGGCGGGGCAGCACGUGAACCCGCUCUACUCCAUCUCCUCCGCCAACCUCGCGCGCUGGUUCGCGGACGCGGGGCAGCCGGCGCUGGUGGUGGCGACGGGGUUCAUCGCGCGCGACCCCGAGGGCGCGCCCACCACGCUCAAGCGCGACGGCAGCGACCUCUCCGCCGCGGUGUUCGGCGCGCUGCUGCACGCGAAACGGGUUACCAUCUGGACCGACGUCGACGGCGUGUUCUCCGCCGACCCGCGGAAAGUGAAGGACACAGUCGUGCUCUCCUCUCUCUCCUACGAGGAAGCGCUUGAACUGUCGUACUUCGGCGCGAACGUGCUGCAUCCGCGCACGGCGCUGCCGGUGAUGCGCAACAACAUCCCGCUGCUCAUCCGCAACGCCUUCAACCUGGCGGCACCCGGCACGCGCAUCGGCCCGCUCUCAUCCCCGCCGUCAUCGCCGUCGCUACUGGGCACCAACGGCGAGGCGUCCAUCGUGAAGGGCUUCGCCACCAUCGAAGACGUCGCUCUCGUCAACGUCGAAGGAACGGGCAUGGCGGGCGUGCCAGGAACAGCAGCGGACAUCUUCGUGUCCGUCAAGAACGUGGGCGCCAACGUCAUCGCCAUCUCGCAGGCGAGUAGCGAGCACAGUGUGUGUCUCGCCGUGCCCUCGCACGAGGCAGCGAAAGUGGCAGCAGCGCUGCGCACGACCUUCAAGGACGCAAUAGCAGAAGGGCACAUAGCAGACGUGGCAGUGAUCGACAACUGCGCCGUGCUCGCUGCUGUGGGCAAGGGCAUGCCUGCCACACGGGGCGUUUCAGCAGCUCUCUUCGGCGCUCUGGCAGAAGCCGGGGUGAAUGUGCGUGCGAUAGCGCAGGGGUGCAGCGAGUACAACAUCACCAUUGUGGUCGACCAAAAGGACAUUGCCACUGCUCUCACCGCUGCGCACAACCGCUUCUACUGCGCUGGAGGCGCUGCUGCUGUUGCUGUAGCUGUUCCUGCUGCGGGUGCGGCGGUUGGGGCGGCUGGGAGCGCUGCGCCUCCGUUGGAUCUGCCGGCUGCUGCUGUUGCUGCUUCUGCGGGCGGGGUAACGACAGUGGCCGUGGCAGUGGUGGGGCCAGGGCUCAUUGGCGGCACGUUCCUGGACCAGCUGCGCGACCAGGCUGCGUAUCUGCUGUCCACCUACUCCCUGCGCCUGCACGUGGUCGCCAUUGCUGACCUCCGUGGCUCGCUGCUCACCACUGGCAGCCACGUGGACCUCCCCAAUUGGCGCGAGCAGCUUCAAAAAGAGGGCACGUCCGUGCCUCUGCCAGCCCUCACAGCCGCCCUCACAGCCCUGGCCGCAGCAGGCAAGGCGCCGGGGACAGCAGCAGGAGGGGAGGAGGCGCAGGCGUGGGCAAAGGCGCUGGGGGGAGGGGGCCUGGUGCACGUGUGUCUGGCGGACUGCACUGCGAGCGAGGCAGUGGCGGACUGCUAUGCGGCGUGGAUGAGGGGCGGCAUCACUGUCAUCACUCCCAACAAGAAGGCCAGCUCCGGCCCUCUCGCUCGGUUGGCGGAGAUGGCAGCAGCGCGGAAGCAGGGCGGAUCGCGCUUCUACUACGAGUGCACGGUGGGAGCAGGGCUGCCCGUCAUCUACACGCUGCGCCGCCAGCUGGACACGGGCGACAAGCUCGUGCGCUGUGAGGGCAUCUUCAGUGGCACGCUGUCGUACAUAUUCAACUCGCUGGACGGCAGCAAGCCGUUCAGCCAGAUAGUGAGCGAGGCCAAGGCAGCGGGGUACACGGAGCCAGACCCACGGGACGACCUCAAGGGCAUGGACGUCGCCAGGAAGGUCGUCAUUGUGGCGCGCGAGGCCGGCCUGCAGCUCGAGCUCUCCGACGUGCCUGUGCAGUCGCUCGUACCCAAGCCACUGGAGAACGUUGCGUCAGCUGAUGAGUUUCUUGCCCGCCUGCCCGAGUUUGAUUCGGAGAUCACUGACAAGCUCAAGGAGGCACAGGCAGCCAACGAGGUUCUGAGGUUUGUGGGCAUAGUGGACAUGGCUAAGGGUGGGGCCUCAGUGGAGCUGAGGCGCUACCCCAAGACACACCCGUUUGCCAGCCUCACAGGCAGCGACAACAUGAUCUCCUUCCAGACUGAGCGCUACUUUGACAUGCCCCUUGUGGUUAGAGGGCCUGGUGCUGGUGCUGCUGUCACUGCUGCUGGGGUGUUUACCGACCUUCUGCGCCUGUGCUCCCAUGUUGGCGCUCCUUGCUAA